CCUCCCCUCCGACAUGGCGGCCUCCUCGGCGCUUGGUGAUGACUCUCUGUAUCCCAUCGCCGUCCUCAUCGACGAGCUGCGGAAUGAAGACGUUCAGCUCCGUCUCAACAGCAUCAAGAAGCUGUCUACCAUUGCUCUGGCUCUGGGGGUGGAACGGACACGCAGCGAGCUCCUCCCAUUCCUAACAGACACGAUAUACGAUGAGGACGAGGUACUGCUGGCCUUGGCUGAACAGCUGGGAUCGUUCACGGCCCUGGUGGGAGGCCCUCCAUUUGUCCAUUGUUUGCUGCCUCCCCUCGAAAGCCUGGCCACAGUGGAGGAGACGGUGGUGCGGGACAAGGCAGUGGAAUCUCUGCGUGCCAUCUCCAAGGAGCACUCGCCCUCCGAUCUGGAACGCCACUUUGUGCCGCUGGUGAAGCGCCUCACCAGCGGGGACUGGUUCACCUCCCGGACUUCGGCCUGCGGCCUCUUCAGCGUGUGUUACCAGAGAGUCUCCAACACCGUCAAGGCGGAGCUGAGGCUGAACUUUAAGAACCUGUGUACGGACGACACUCCCAUGGUGCGGCGAGCAGCAGCCUCCAAACUGGGCGAGUUCGCCAAGGUCCUCGAACUGGACAACCUGAAAUCUGAGAUCAUCCCCAUGUUCACCACCCUGGCCUCUGAUGAGCAGGACUCUGUGCGGCUGCUGGCUGUGGAAGCCUGCGUGAACAUCGCCCAGCUCCUGAAGCGCGAGGAGGUGGAGAACCUGGUUAUGCCCACUCUGCGCCAGGCGGUGGAGGACAAGUCGUGGCGGGUGCGCUACAUGGUGGCAGACAAGUUCACCGAGUUGCAGAAAGCCAUCGGGCCCGAGAUUACCAAGAAGGACCUGGUACCAGCCUUCCAGAACCUCAUGAAGGACUGCGAAGCAGAAGUCCGGGCGUCAGCUGCCAACAAGGUCAAAGAUUUCUGUGAGAACCUGCCCACUGACGGGCGGCAGCAGAUCAUCCUGACGCAGAUCCUACCCUCCAUUAAGGAGCUCGUAUCGGAUGCAAAUGAGCAUGUGAAGUCCGCUCUGGCCUCAGUCAUCAUGGGUUUGUCUCCAAUGCUGGGGAAGGACGGCACUGUGGAACACCUCCUGCCCAUGUUCCUGGCGCAGCUGAAAGAUGAGUGCCCAGAGGUCCGACUGAACAUCAUUUCUAACUUGGACUGUGUUAACGAGGUGAUUGGCAUCAGGCAGCUGUCACAGUCCCUGCUACCUGCCAUUGUCGAGCUGGCAGAAGAUGCCAAAUGGCGCGUGCGAUUGGCUAUCAUCGAGUACAUGCCCCUGUUAGCGGGACAGCUGGGUGUUGAGUUCUUCAAUGAGAAGUUAAACGCGAUCUGCAUGGCCUGGCUGGUAGAUCACGUCUACGCCAUUCGCGAGGCGGCCACUAACAACCUGAAGAAGCUCACCCAGAAGUUCGGCAAGGUUUGGGCCCAGAACACCAUCAUCCCCAAGGUUCUAGCCAUGUCCAGCAACCCCAACUACCUGCACAGGAUGACCACUCUCUUCUGUGUCAACGUUCUGUACGACGUGUGUGGAAAGGACAUCACGACCAAAAUCAUGCUGCCCACCGUCCUGCGGAUGGGGAGUGACCCGGUGGCGAAUGUGCGUUUCAACGUGGCCAAGACGCUGCAGAGGAUCGGGCCUGUCCUGGACUACAGCCCCUUGAAUAACGAGAUUAAGCCCAUACUCGACAAACUGAGCCGGGACCAAGACAUGGACGUCAAAUACUUUGCCCAGGAAGCUUUAAUUGUGCUGUGCCUGAAUUAAGACAGAGCGGAGCCAUGCUGAGUGAGACGUCACAGGUCCCGACCGUGGGCAACAGAACGCCCCACAUGAACGGCAGCGACUCCUCCCACCCCCCAAUGCUGAUGUGCACGUCCUGAGGAGUAAACGAACGGCCGGAGCGACUCGACCCCUCGGCCCGAAGCUGGACGCCUGCAGCCGCCUCGUGACGGCCUUUUCCACUUCACCGAAACCGCUGCCUCAUUCUCCUUUUCUCCCCACCACCCCCCCAACCCCCCCACCCCUUAGGUCCUACUUGUUCCUCUCCCUCCCUCGUUCGCACUCCCUCGUUCUUUACCUCUCCGGUUGCAACGUUGUGUUUUGAAAGGUUGGUUCUCUUUUUGUUUCCGGCCCUGUUGGUUGAUGCAGAGCGAGUUGCAGAUUGUUGCCUAAUAAAGA